AUGUAUCCUUCUGAUAUGGAUUUUGCCCGCGAUAGUGGCACGAUCUUAGUUCCAACGCGUUUUGUGUGGCCUUAUGGUGGGAGAAAUGUACUGAUCAGUGGCUCGUUUACUGGGUGGACACAAUGGCCAAUGACUCCGGUUGACGGAUGCCCUGCCUUGUUUCAGACAAUCUGUAGCCUACCAAUGGGUUAUCAUCAGUACAAAUUUGUUAUCGAUGGUGAAUGGCGACAUGAUGAGCAUCAACCUUUUGUUAGUAGUAACAUAGGAACAGUGAACACUAUCCUCUUAGCAAGGGAAGCAAACUAUCUUCCUGCAAUGCUAAGUCCACAAAUUCCUCCUGGUCCUGGCUCCAACAUGGAUGUUGAUAAUGAGGCAUUCCACCGUGUGGUUCGAGUGUCAGAUAGUAUGUCAUAUGAGCCCUUUUCAAGGAUUUCAGAAGCAGAUUUGGAGAUAUCUCGGCAUCGUAUAGCUUCAUUUAUGUCAAUGCACAUGGCUUAUGAGUUACUUCCUGAAUCGGGCAAGGUCAUUGCUUUGGAUGUUGACCUUCCUGUAAAGCAAGCAUUUCAUAUUCUGCACGAGCAGGGAAUAUCUAUGGCACCUUUAUGGGACUUCUUAAAGGGGAAGUUUGUUGGAGUUCUUACUGCACUGGAUUUUGUAUUGAUUAUGAGAGAGCUAGGUAAUCAUGGGUCAAAUCUGACAGAGGAAGAGCUUGAGACACAUACUAUAUCUGCUUGGAAAGAAGCAAAGUCAUACCUGAAUAGUCGAAUAAAUGGGCAAGGAAGUGCAGUUCCAAGACUGCUUUUGCAUGCUGGGCCAAAUAACAAUUUGAAAGAAGUUGCUUUGAAGAUUUUGCAAAGUGGUGUGUCUACAGUUCCUAUUAUCCAUUCACCUUCAGAGGAUGCAUUGAACCCACAGCUAUUGCAUCUUGCUUCUCUUUCCGGAAUACUGAAAUGUAUUUGCCGAUAUUUUAAGCAUUCAUCAAGCUCAUUACCAGUACUUCAACUGCCAAUUUGCGCGAUCCCUGUCGGCACUUGGGUUCCCAAAAUUGGAGAGCAAAAUCAGCAGCCAUUGGCAAUGUUGAGACCCACUGCAUCACUUAGUGCAGCUUUGAAUUUACUAAUUCAAGCUCAAGUUAGUUCAAUCCCCAUUGUCGAUGAGAAAGAUUCUUUGUUGGAUGUAUAUUCUCGAAGUGAUAUUACUUUUUUGGCAAAAGACAAAAUUUAUACACGCAUUAAUAUUGAAGAAACAACUAUUCAUCAGGUGUUGCAAUACCGAGAUGACCCCAUCACAAUGUACGAUUACGAGAAUCAAAGAUGUCACAUGUGUCUGCGGUCUGAUCCACUGCAUAAAGUCAUGGAUAGAUUAUCCAAGCCAGGAGUCAGACGACUUGUAAUUGUGGAGGCUGGUAGCAAACGCGUAGAAGGAAUUAUUUCACUGAGUGAUAUCUUCAGGUCAUCAAUUGUAAUAUUACUUGAGCGUUCAACAGUUGCAUUGUUUUUGUUUUCUGUCUACACUUGA